AUGGAGGUGGAGGAGGAGGAAAGACGCUCUCCACACGAUCAUGUGGAUCGGUGUGUUCCCGAGAGCUUCUUUGAUCGCGUAACGCAAGGGUUACGCGACGAUCUCGAACAUGAGCGGAAUUGGCGUCUCCAAAUGGCGGACACUGCCUCGAAGCAUCGAGCUGAGUUUGCCUUUGCUCAUCUUGAGAACGAGAGAUCUCUGACAUCUCUUCGUGACGAGCUAAGGGUAGCUCGUGGUAUUGUUGAUCGGUCUCGGGCUGAGAUAGCUGCUUUUCAGACCCUUGUUGAUGCCCACCCAUCGGGAGCACAAGGCUCUCUGUGA